AGAUCAACGACUGCUGAAUGCAGUACUUUUCCAGUAAUUGCUGAUGGUUCAAAAUUUUUGCUGAGUGUGCAAACAUGUGGUUGGCCCCAUGUGUUUUACUGGCCGCGUUCUUUCUGGCUUCCGGGAAAUUGCUCGCCAAUUCCUCAGAGCCGUUCAUUGAUGAUCACGAGAUCCUCGAGCUUGACUUCCUGCAAGUUCAGAAUCUCACGGCGAAUGAAAUCAUAGAGAUUCAGGAUAAUCAAGAACCAGAGGAAAGUCUCGUCAUCCAGGAAAACAAAAUAUAUGACGAAGUGGAAGUCAUUCCUGAAUUAUACCUCGAUUAUGCGGAAAAUUCGACAAUUUUCAAACUCGAUGACGACAUUGACAUCCAGGAUUUGACGAGAAUAGGACUCGAAGAAGAUUUUCCCGACAGAAAAUCUCGCGGUGUGAUCUAUGGGUUUGAUGUUGAUGAAUCGAACUGGAAUGGGUUUGUAACGGAGAAAUUUAUAUUUUCGAGAAACUGGAAUCCAAAUACAACUCUGCAAACACCUGCUGUUUUCGGAAUUGUGGCCAGCAAAGACACGUUAGAAUUAACCGAUUGUUUCCCAGCCACCAGCAGAUUCGUUAGGCAGGUCUACGGACCCAACAGGAACCAACGACCACAAGAGUACCAGCAGUCUGAUGAGCACCAUGAAGAAAGUGGCGCUUACGCCCUGAAAGACGGCAGCAACUUAUCCUAUGAAGUCGAAGCCGACUCACGUGAGGAAUUAAAAUUGCAUCAAGAUGGCAGUUAUGAAAGAAAUCGCGAAGGACAUGGAAAGGCUUACAGGAAAAGAGUGGGUCCUUUGAGGUAUAGUGUGGAAAAGGUUGGGGAACGCGUGGAAGAGCAGAAGGUUCUCGAGGUCCGGAAACGGAAACAAAGAGUGUGCAAUGGUUUGAGAACCGGUGCGAGAAUUAUUUGCAAGGACAACGGCAAGUGCGCUUUUAUAAAUCUUGGCAAAAAGUAUUGCCAAUACUUGAGUCACCCUUACUGCGUUCUUGAAGCAGUUUGCGUCAUGAAAGCCGAAAGCACUGUCCAAGAGGAGAAGAAAUGGAAGGUUUUGCGGAAAAUCGUGCCGGACUAUCAAAUCGCCAUGCAACAAAGCGAAUCCGAAGAAGCUGAGGAAUUUGAUUACAAAAGCCAGGAAUCUGGCUACGGAAAUAAACACGAAAACCGAGAAUCUGCAGAAAAAAACGACUACGGAAAUAAGUACCAAAACCGAGAAUCUACAGAAGAAGACGACGACCACGAUGAAACUGAGUCCGGAGGUCAUUACAAAAAGGAGGAAUUUCGAGAAACCCUACGAGGUUGUUCCGGGGUAAAUGUGGUUUGCGAACUUGCUUGUCCAAGUGAAAACCAAUGCGGUUUGCUUCGCGAAAUCAAGUCAUUUUGCCACUUCAUCAAACACCCGCAGUGCAUUAUUCCGCCCGGCAAAAAAUACGUUGCCGACCGCAUGAAGUUGGCAUCAUCGACUCCAACAACAGCCACUUUUACUGCAAAGACGGACUUUGUUUCGCCAGGCAACGAUGUUUGCCAAAACACAGAGGUUGUCACAGUCAUCAUUUGGGCCGCAAAAUUAAUUGCAUGCACGACCAUCGAUGCAUGUUGGCAACGAUCAAUAAUCGGUGCAAAAAUUACCAUUCCUCCGAAUGCCAAUUGGUCAGCGUUUGUGCUGCAGGCACGCGCUUUUUUGUGA